AUGCCGUUCCAAUUGGACGCAGAAGUUGCCGCGGUCCUGGCUAAGCUGUUCGAGAGCCCUCCACCCAAGCCUCCGCGUGGUGACGUGCAAACCCGACGUGCUAAUACGGAAGGCUUCUUCACCCAACUCAGCCAACUCCGUCCGUCGAUCCAGGGAAUCGAGAACCAAGACUUUCAUGUCAAGUCCGCCGAUGGCUACGAAGUGCUAUGUCGCUGGUUCAAGAAGGAGGGCGUGCCGCUGUCCAACUCUUCAGCCGUAUUGUACGCCCACGGCGGUGGCAUGAUCUCUAUCAGCAUCGACACUUAUGGCGAAAUCAUCAAGAACUAUGUCUCGAACACUGGUGUACCAUUCCUGGUGGUCCAGUAUCGUUUAGCACCUGAAGUCCAGUCACCCAAGCUCGUCGAGGACUGCUUUGCUGGUUUGCAGUAUCUGAUUUCGCAUGCUAAGGAUCUGGGGGUCGAUCCGAAAAGGGUGGCUGUCAUGGGUGACAGGUGA